GCUUGUACCUUUAUGAACCCUUAUCACAGUAUAAGUUGUGAAAUAUGUGGCACUAGGGUUUCAGCUUCAGGACUUGCUACACUUGAAACUGAUGAUGAUUUGAGUUCUUCUGUUGGCAAUGUGUUCUUGUCUUUGAGGCCUUGUAACAAGGGUAAAAUAACAACUAGGGCUCCUAUUAUGGUUGAAGAUGAUGUGAAGGAGUCUGUUACGUUUAGAUGUGCGAAUGCGGCAAACAAGAGGAAAAAUAGGGAGGAACCUUUUGGGGUUGAAGAGGAUGAGGUUGAUGCUGCUAUGGGGUAUAUGGGUGUAAAGACUGCUGCAACUAAAGCAAUUGACAUGUCGGAUUCGGUGGAACAGAAACCAGGCAAAACUUUCUCAACCAGUAAAUCCAAAGUGUUGAAGAUCUUGACCUACAAUGAAUGAUUUGCAGAUAUAGAGAUGCACAAGAGGAUGAAAGCUAUAGGCAACCUUAUUGCGCUGCAUACGCCAGAUGUUAUAUGUUUUCAGGAGGUUACUCCAGAAAUAUAUGACAUUUUUCAUCACUCUGGUUGGUGGAAAAUGUAUUCUUGUUCCAUUUCAAAUGUGAUGGAAUUGACGAGAGGAUACGUCUGCAUGCAAUUGAGCAAACUUGCAGUGAAAUCCUACAGUUGCAAGCCAUUUAGCAAUUCUAUAAUGGGAAGGGAACUCUGUAUUGGUGACAUUGAAGUUGAGAAAGAUAUGACCUUGGUUGUUGCUACCAGCCAUCUUGAGAGUCCUUGCCCUGGGCCACCCAAGUGGGAUCAAAUGUACAGCAAGGAACGUGUGGAGCAAGCCAAGGAACUGGGAUGACAAAUUGGAUGGUCAAUUUCCUCCAACUGAUGGAUGGAUUGAUGCUUGGGGAAAAAUGAAGCCUGAAGAAAUCGGAUGGACAUACGACACCAAGUCAAACAAAAUGUUAAGCGCCAACAGGACACUACAGAAACGUCUGGACAGGAUUGCCUGCAAACUGCAAGAUUUCUGUAUAAGUGAUGUAAAGAUGAUUGGGAAGGAUGCAAUCCCAAAUCUCACAUACAUCAAGGUGAAGAAAGUGAAGAGUGAAGUUAAGAGACUGACAGUACCUGUUUUGCCUAGUGAUCAUUAUGGUCUACUUUUGGAGAUCUCUCCUCAGUAGUCCAAAGUUGAGAGAUGUAUUGCUUAUUAUUCUCUCAGUAUCAAUGAAUGUAAAAAGGGUCUUAAAAGCUUUUGCAGAGAACUUGUUUUUGUGUACAUUGCUACUACUUUACUAGUGCUCAUGUUUGCACAAGAGGAUAUAUAUUCUAUGCCUUGUAGGCUUCUUAUGAUAU